GAAAGGUUAAUCUACUAGCUUUCCCCAUAUAAAUAUGGAUGAAGUGUUCCAAGUAGUGAAAAGAAUAUUAGCAACUAACCUCGUGAAACAUUAUCGUUUGUUUCUAGUAUACUGUGAAAGUGAAACACCAUGGAUAUCGCCGGCGGAGAAAACGACGCCGUUCCUCAUGUAUUAAUCUUUCCUUUACCCAUACAAAGCCCGGUGAACUCCAUGCUAAAGCUGGCGGAGCUUCUCUGCCUCGCCGGCGUCCACGUCACCUUCCUCAUCACAAAACACAACCACCAGCGCCUCCUCCACAGCACCGACGACGACGGCGGCGUGGAAUCCCGUUUCGACAGAUACCCCGGCAGUUUCCGUUUCGAAGUGAUCUCCGACGGAUUCCCGGAAGAUCACCCCCGUUCCGUCGACGACUUUUUAGAUGUAUUAAACUCUUUGCAGGGCGUGGCGGAGCCGCACCUUAGAGAGGUGUUUUUGAGGCCGGAAAAGGGAAGAAAAGUGACGUGCGGAAUAGUAGAGGCGACGUUUUCGUACGCUUUUGAGAUUGGGAGUGAGGUUGGUGUUCCUGUUUUCGCCUUCGAAACUAUCAGCCCUUGCUGUCUUGGGGUUUUUCUCUGCAUUCCUCAACUCUUUAAGGCUGGAAAGCUGCCAUUGAUCAAAGAUCUAGGAGAAGACCAGGAAACACCGGUAGAUGUUGUGCCGGGCAUGGAAGGUCUUCUCAAGGUACGCGAUCUUCCCCGUUUCUGUCGAACUGAAGGUCCUCAGGCGGAGAAGAGCCGCAAACUCUUCAUGGCUGAAAUCCAUUCUUUGCGCAAAGCCCACGGGCUAAUACUCAACUCGUUCAAAGAGUUGGAGGGCCCAAUUCUACCCCAUAUCCGCACCCACUUUCCCAACACCACAUACAUGAUCGGGCCAGUCCAGCAACACUUAAAGACCAGACUCGCAGACAGGCCCCCAUCUUCAAACAGCUUAUGGAGAGAAGACAAAACCUGCAUCCAAUGGCUCGACGAACAGCCCGACGAAUCAGUGAUAUACGUAAGCUUUGGCAGUCUGAGCACCUUAACAAUGGCCCAACUCAUGGAAGUUUGGCACGGUUUGGUCUCCAGUGGGGUUAGAUUCUUGUGGGUGUUAAGGCCCGACAUUCUUAAACCUGGAGGGGAGUUGUCGGAUCAAAACAUGGUGACUCAACUAAAAAAGAAUUGCUCACAGAAUGGGCAGAUAGUGAGUUGGGCUCCUCAGGAACAGGUCCUGGCCCACCCGGCUAUCGGAGGAUUCUGGACACAUAGUGGGUGGAAUUCGACUCUGGAAAGUAUUAUUGCAGGAAAGCCCAUGAUCUGUUGGGCGCAAAUUGUUGACCAGCUGAUUACUAGAAGGGUUGUGAGUGAAGUGUGGAAGAUUGGGGUGGAAUUGGAAGAUAAGUGUGAUCGUUUGAGUAUUGAGAAAAUGGUGAAGGAGCUUAUGAGGAGUAGAAGGCAAGAGUUGAAGAAAUCAGCCCAGAAAUUUUCUAAGUUAGCAAGAGAAAGUGUGAACAAUGGAGGUUCAUCCUAUACUAGCCUUGACCACCUCAUAAAUGACAUAAGAAGAUUGAGCAGCAUUGAGCAUUUCGAAAAUACUUCAUCUUAGUGUCAACAUUCUUAGCAGGUUAAGUGUGUUAGUUUGUAAUAAGGAGAAUUAAGUUUAUUAUCAGGCAUGUUCAAUAAAAUUUCU